AUGCCUGUUCCCACGGAAGACUACAUCAGUGACUCCUGGAAGGAGGGCCUCUUCACAAACAAAGUCGUCUUCUGCACAGGUGGCGCAGGCACCAUCUGCAGUGCGCAGGUUCGCGCUCUCGUCCAUCUAGGCGCGGACGCCUGCAUCGUCGGCCGAAACGUUGAGAAGACGGAAAAGGCAGCCAGGGACAUUGCCACCGCUCGACCAGGAGCCAAGGUCAUCGGCAUUGGCGCGGUUGAUGUCCGCAAGUACGAUGAUCUGAAGAAUGCCGUUGAUCGCUGCGUCAAGGAGCUCGGGGCUAUCGACUUUGUUAUCGCCGGUGCGGCAGGCAACUUCCUGGCUUCAAUCCAGCAGCUAUCGGUCAAUGCUUUCAAGUCGGUGAUUGAUAUCGAUGUGCUGGGAUCGUACAAUACCCUCAAAGCGACGAUUCCUCACCUCGUCGAAUCUGCGAAGAAGCACAGGGUUGACUCGGAGUCCCUGCGCCCCUCGCCACUCGGCACCGGCGGACGCAUCAUCUUCGUCAGCGCUACGAUCCACUACCGCGCAAUGCCCUUCCAAGCGCAUGUGGCUGUCGCCAAAGCCGGCAUCGACGCCCUGUCUCACACCGUGUCCAUCGAGUAUGGUCCACUCGGGGUAACUUCGAAUAUCAUUGCUCCUGGGCCAAUCGCUUCCACAGAGGGUCUCGACCGCCUUCUACCCUCCGACAUAAAAGAAACAUACAUCAAGUCCCAACCCCUGGGCCGCUUCGGCUCUGUCCGUGAUAUCGCCGAUGCUACGGUCUACCUCUUCUCAAAUACCGGUAGUUAUGUUUCUGGCCAAAUCCUUGUCGGUAAGUUAUCCGACCUUCUUAUGCGGAUCAAAAUCAACUCUAGAACCCUCAGGCUGACGCAGUGGUAG